AUGGGUGUCGACGCUGAGGAGCUGAUCCUAAAUCCUUUCCAGGAAGUGAUCGACCGAGGAAAGGAAGCCGUCACCAAUGCGGAAAAUGCAGCAGAUGAGGAUGCUGAGGUCUCGCGGCUCAUGGCGAAGGCCGGAGUCGCAGUCGUCAAGGAAGGCGAGCGGGCCUUGAAGAGGCUGCAGCCUCUUUGGGACGGCCAGGUCGAAAAGUACGGCGAUGCAUUCAAGGAGUGUCUGAGCCAGAAUGCCGCAAUAGAGGAGAAGCGGCGCAAGCUGGAGGAUCUCCUGUACGACUUCGAGGACUACGCCGAGCCAGACACGUUCGAAUCGGAACGGUUCACCGAGCUUCAGGCGGCUACCAAAUCGCUCGCCAUGGAUGUAAUCGAUGCCAUCAAGAAGAUGAAGCUUGACACACCCAUCACUCCGCCCUACUCGCCGCCGUCGCCCUCCAAGUUCCCGCCUCUUCCUCCUCUGCCCCCUCUGCCCCUGAAGAGUCCAUCACGGAUAGGAAACGGGGCACGAUCUCCGAGACCACCAACACCACCAGGGAGGAAAGGAGGCCGCACACCAACGCCGUUACUCGCCCCUCUGCCACCGUCUGCCACGCCCUCUCCAGACCGCACCGAACAAAGCACACCUGUGCCGCCGCCCGAUCCAUCAGAGGCGGCAGUCCCAGUAUCCCGCGUCAGGCUCCCACCUGGCAGGCGUGAUCUUGGAAGAGUGAACACUGGCUCACAACGCAGCCUGAGGAGCAAUGGUACAGCACAUUCACGGGCGUCCAGUGCGUUCAGCGUCGGGUCACUGCCUCCGCCGGCAUACACAGCUGAUGGCGAGGCGCCUCCUGUCCCUCAAAUCACACAUCACAACAUGACUGAGCGGCCUCAGAGCCGAGCAUCAUCGGCUCUGGGAUCACAUAACGCCCAAGCGCCGCAGAGCCCAACCCACGCCCGUCAGCCCAGCCUGCCGACGACAGACACCAGCAGCAUCCCCGAGAUACCCGAUUUCCCAGUGCCACAGCCACAGCCACAGACCGGGACGAGGACGACCGCGUGGGUGAGCGACCAAGCCGGAGGGACGUCGAACCCAAGGUACCACGGGCACCGGCCGCCCUCGCGGUACGAGCCGCACUCCCUGCAGGCGAUCCAGAACCUCCAGCAGACGACCAUCCCGGAGGACCAGGCCGUGACCGCGAGCAUGCCCUCCAGGAGGGCAGGCCACUCCUUCAUAAACUUCGACACGCCACUGACGCCCAUCAUAUCGGAGCUGGGCAGGUUCGGCGUCGACUCCCCACCCGGCGACUCCAGCCCGUCUGCCGGCCCCAACAGCCCCGAGACAUCGCGCAGCGCGACCCUGAGCCACGCUACGAGCAUGUCGUCGAUCCAGACCGGCUCCGCCCACACGAGACCCAGCAACGGCGGCAGGACACCAAUCACGCCCGGCGACAACGCCCAGCACAAGCCCUCCUUCUCGCCCAUAACCCUCCCACCAGCCGCCCUCGAGGGCCCCGAGAGCCACAGCCGGCUGCCCGACGCCGCGGUGGCGCAGGCGUCCGCCACCUCCGCCUCAGAGGACUGGGCGACCCGCACCGUCCUCUCCGUCUCAGACCGCGCGUCGACCGCCAACUUCUCCUCGGCCUCACACCCCCGCGAGGCGGACACGGCCAUCGGCCCGCGCAGCAGCCUCUACCUGCUCCGGGGGUUCUGCGCCGGCGCGCAGCAGUUCCGGUCCUCGGGCCACGAGGACGGCGUGCGCAGGCUGGCGGGCCACGUGGCGGGGCAGUCGACGGCGACGGCGCGGUGCUCGUCCUGCUCCUACGGCCACGCGUGGUCGGAGCUGGACCUCGACGUGCGCGACCGCAUGCCGCGCGCGACCUUCCCUCGGGAGGGCGGGCUGCUCUUCCGCAUCCGCCUGCUGUACAAGUCGCACCUCGGCGCCCCGCGGCCCAGCGAGGCCUUCUACGGGUGCCUGUUCUGCGCGCAGGUGGGCCGCGUCGUGCGCGAGGGGGACGCCACCGUCUUCAGGGGCUCCGACGAGCUCCUCCGCCACCUGGCGUCCCAUCCGCAGCCGCUGCCCGAUGUUCCUGGGCUGACGGUGCUGUAUGGCAAGGAGAUACUCGCCACGGACCCGCGGGUCAACGAUUUCGACGUGUGGCUCACCGAGCCGCCGCAGCCAGGAGGGAUCCCGCCCGAGGUGGAGGCCGAGGUCGCCAGGCUGCCCGUCGCGACGGCCGUCAAGGGCCACGUGCAGCGGUACGGGGAGAAGAAGCUACCCAAGCCGGACGGGAAGGGCUCCGAGAGCCUGCUCCAAUUCUUCGAGGGCGCACGGAUCAUUGGGGUCGAGUACCCGGGCAAACACGUGGGGAAAUGGUGUACAGGGUGGCACGAUGGGACAUGGGGUUACUUCCCGGCUAAGAGCAUCGAACUGGAGAAGCCGAAGCCAGGCAGGCUCGACGCGCCGCCACUCCUACAUGGCAUGGGCGGGAACGGGGUGGUCGUGGUGGCCAAGUGGAAGUGGGAUCCUAGUGCGGCUGCGAAAGAGGGCUGGCUCGGGUUCGACAAGGGCGAGAAACUGACAAACGUGGGGUGGCCGGUCGACGCGGGCAAGGAGGCGUGGUGCUGGAGCGGGUCGACCUCGAAAGGGAAGUUCGGGGUGUUCCCCAAGAGCCACAUAGAUGAAUCCUCCCUGAGGGACGACGCCAGCUCACCGGCCCCCGGAGGUGGUGGUGGCAAGUCGAAGAGGAAAGAGGGCGGUGGCAGGUCUGGGGGGAAGCUGUUCGGCGUAAGGCGAAGGCAUAGUACGACUUCAAGUAUGAGUGGUGGUUCGGGGGUUAUCGAGAUUAUAUAA